AUGCCUGUUGAAAGGGACGGACGCCUUUUGGCCACUGGUCUUGUGCUCUUUCACCUAGCGCUGCUGCUGCUGGCACGGGUCGACAACGCAAACGGCAGCAGGCAGCGACUAUUAGGCGCAACAACACGACGCGGAGAUCCCGCCGCAGAUAGCAACUGUCCACAAACAGGUCCGAGAGCGGGCGACUACCUCGACAUUGAUGGAGUCACCUACUACGUCGAUGUGGCCAGCCAGCUGAACUACUUCAACGCGACCGCAGAAUGCGAGAAACUGGACAUGACGCUUCUCAGGUUCGAGACCCUGGAUAAAAGUGACCGCAUCAUGUCCACGCUCAAUGCCAACCCAAAUUACAACGAGACCUACAUUUGGACUUCUGGAAGAGCAGGCGAGGACGCAUUCAGAGGUCAGUGGUACUGGGGCUACAACAAAACAUUCGGGCCGCUGAUCACGCAGUUCGACUGGGCACCCGAAGCGCCUUUUUGGCCCGAAAACAACUAUGUCAGCUGCAUUUCCUUCUUGCCCAACGUGCUAGCCUGGGAAGACCACUUGUGUGAAUACGUCUACAUGGGUUUAAUGUGCCAACCUCUAGAGUUGUAAAUAAACACACUGAG